CUCUAGCAAGGUUAACGGGUCACAAUAAUCAAUCAUUGUGUGCGUAAUAAAUUAUUUCAGGAAAUUUAUACAAUCCCAUUCGCGAAAAUACUCGUAUUUUGGCGGUAUAGGCAUGAGUGGUUGCGUUCAGAUCGGAUAGUUCUAUUCCGCAGUGCACUUGCAAGCCAUAAAGGUGAGGCAUCAGAAACAGGAAGACCAUCUACAAAAUUAUUAAUCUGCCAAUAUGGGAUUCUGAAAACCCUACCAAAUGCUUGGAUUCUCGUUCAGAUUAUCCAAGGCUUCCAUCACAAACACGAUACUAGUUUUCCAAAUAAACAAAUAGCAAGCAACAGCAAUAAACCAUCCGCUGCAAUGAGUAAAUAAGGCGCUGUUUUUCUUUGGCUACCGUUAACAAAAUGGAAAGUUUUGGUUUAUCGCACAAUUAAUUUAUUACUUCACGUCAAUAAUUUAACCACGACGCUCGCGACCCUGUUCCUUCGCACUUCUUCACAAUUUUCCACUCUCGUAAUUUGUUCGCACACUUUAAUUACUAUUUAUUAUAAAGGAGUAACUUGCAGUAUUUGGACGUAAAUUUGAAUUGCUGGAAUCAAGCUAAGAUGCGUGAAUAUGGUACACACAUUCAGUCUCGAUCUACCAACGAUUGAUCAAGACGUCUAUAUGCCGAAUGUUAGCAUGAGAUCUAUUGUAAUGGACUUUUACGCCAAACAAUCGCCGAACUCCACAGAAGAACCGAGAUUCAUCAUGAAGAGAUCUCCGCUCAUUGACGGUGUCAGCAAAAAUAUCACUUUGGUGCUAGAUAACCUCUUGAAAAAUUACGAAAGCUCGCAUCUGCCAACUCACGGUAAAGAUAAACCGACAGUUGUAAAGACCAAUAUCCUUAUAAGAAGCAUGGGACCAGUUUCGGAAUUAGAUAUGGAGUAUUCCAUGGAUUGUUACUUCAGACAGUACUGGAGAGACCAAAGGUUAUCAUUUUUGGGACCAAUUAAAUCUUUAUCCUUAUCGAUUAAGAUGUUAGAAAGAAUAUGGCGCCCGGACACUUACUUUUAUAACGGAAAGAAUUCGUACGUCCAUACUAUUACAGUACCGAAUAAAUUAUUAAGAAUUAGUCAAGAUGGGGAUAUUUUAUACUCAAUGAGAUUAACUAUAAAAGCGAAAUGUCCAAUGGAGUUACGAAACUUUCCAAUGGAUAGACAGUCGUGUCCUCUAAUUCUAGGAAGCUAUGCUUACACUACGAGAGAAUUAGUUUACCAGUGGCAGAACGAUGAGAGUGUUAAUUUUGUGCCAGGAAUGACAUUAUCUCAAUUCGACUUAAUGAGCUACCGUUACCGUAAUUUCACAUUUACCCGUCGAGAAGGCGACUUUUCAGUUCUUCAAGUUUCGUUCAACCUUCAGAGACACACCGGCUAUUUUCUCAUCCAAGUUUACGUCCCCUGUAUUUUAAUCGUCGUGCUAUCCUGGGUUUCCUUCUGGAUUCAUCGUGAAGCUACAAGUGAUCGAGUCGGUUUGGGAAUUACGACGGUUUUAACUUUGUCGACAAUCAGUUUGGAUUCACGAACUGACCUGCCGAAAGUUCGAUACGCAACGGCGUUAGAUUGGUUUUUAUUAAUGAGCUUUUUUUAUUGCAUCGCCACCCUUUUGGAAUUUGCCGGCGUGCAUUAUUUUACCAAAGUCGGAAGUGGGGAAAUUCCGAUUGAUGAAGAUGAGUGGAUCGAUUGCGAGGGUGAAGAGGAACUUGCAAACGUCACCGAUUUAAUUAAGGAAAAUAAUGUUACACCCGGCUCACAUAUAGGAAGACGUAGAAGUUCGAUUAUUUGUCCAAUUUACAAUGAUUCGCCUAUGGGAUACGGAAACACAAGAACCACGUUAACCUCAACGCCGGUCACGGCGCCAUCACCUGUUCUCCUAACGAUGGAGAGAAUGACACAAACAGAAAAUAGGUUGCCCAAAUGGAGACAAUUUAUGUAUUGCCUAAUGGGGAACGAUAAAUUUCGUAAACAACGCCAGCGCGAAGCCACGGCGACAGAACAACAAGAUCAAGGACACCAUGGCACCCGAUACGUAAACAGUGUAUCCUACAUCGACAGAGCAGCGCGAGUCUUAUUUCCAAUGUCCUUCGCAUUACUAAAUUUAUGCUAUUGGUUUGUAUAUGUCCAAUACCAGGAAGACUUCAAGUGGAGGGAUCCGCCAAUAAGAUCGUUCAAUCAUUAAGCGGUAGUUCUUAAGUCCGUUAGACUCAUAAUUAAAUAUGUAGUUGCGAAAAUGUAACCAUUAAUUACUGCCAAGUAGAUAGCAUUCAUAUUCUGCACGCAGUUUUUGCUCAAUAAAUAGUUUCACUUUA